CCGGGGUCCCAGCCUUCGCGGGCCGGGGCCGCCGCCGCCGCAGGACGGGGAGGCGGGCCAUGGCAUCCUGCGUGGGGAGCCGGACCCUGAGCAAGGAUGAUGUGAACUACAAGAUGCAUUUCCGGAUGAUCAACGAGCAGCAAGUGGAGGACAUCACCAUCGACUUCUUCUACCGGCCGCACACCAUCACCCUGCUCAGUUUCACCAUCGUCAGCCUCAUGUACUUCGCCUUCACCAGGGAUGACUCUGUCCCAGAAGACAACAUCUGGAGGGGCAUCCUCUCUGUCAUUUUCUUCUUUCUUAUCAUCAGUGUAUUAGCUUUUCCAAAUGGUCCAUUUACCCGACCUCAUCCAGCCUUAUGGCGAAUGGUUUUUGGACUCAGUGUGCUCUACUUCCUGUUCCUGGUAUUUCUCCUCUUCCUGAACUUCGAGCAGGUCAAAUCCCUAAUGUAUUGGCUAGACCCAAAUCUUCGAUAUGCCACCAGGGAAGCUGAUGUCAUGGAUUAUGCAGUGAACUGCCAUGUUAUCACCUGGGAGAGGAUUAUCAGCCAUUUUGAUAUAUUUGCAUUUGGACAUUUCUGGGGCUGGGCCAUGAAGGCCUUGUUGAUCCGUAGUUAUGGUCUCUGCUGGACAAUCAGUAUUACCUGGGAGUUAACUGAGCUUUUCUUCAUGCAUCUUCUGCCCAAUUUUGCCGAAUGCUGGUGGGAUCAAGUCAUCCUGGACAUCCUCUUGUGCAAUGGCGGUGGCAUCUGGUUGGGCAUGGUUGUUUGCCGGUUCUUAGAGAUGAGGACUUACCACUGGGCAAGCUUCAAGGACAUCCACACCACCACCGGGAAAAUCAAGCGAGCUGUGCUCCAGUUCACUCCUGCUAGCUGGACCUAUGUUCGAUGGUUUGAUCCCAAAUCUUCAUUUCAGAGAGUAGCUGGAGUAUACCUUUUCAUGAUCAUCUGGCAGCUGACCGAGUUGAACACCUUCUUCCUGAAACACAUCUUUGUGUUCCAAGCCAGUCAUCCAUUAAGCUGGUGUAGGAUCCUCUUUAUUGGCUGCAUCACGGCUCCCACAGUGAGUGAAAGGAUACAAGACAAAAUCAACAAUGGGAAAAGGCAUGUGGGGCGUAGUCCAGAUGAAACCAGACAGUAUUAUGCAUACCUCACCGACACACAGUGCAAACGCGUAGGAACACAGUGCUGGGUGUUUGGGGUCAUUGGCUUCCUGGAAGCCAUCGUCUGCAUAAAAUUUGGACAAGAUCUCUUCUCUAAGACCCAAAUACUCUACGUCAUGCUGUGGCUUCUUUGCGUGGCUUUCACCACCUUCCUGUGUCUGUACGGCAUGGUCUGGUAUGCAGAGCACUAUGGUCACCGAGAAAAGACCUACUCAGAGUGUGAAGAUGGCACCUACAGUCCGGACCUCUCUUGGCCUCACGGCAAAGGUACAAAAGGUUCUGAGGACAGCCCACCCAAGCACCCAGGCAACAACGAGAGCCAUUCUUCCAGGAGAAGGAAUCGACAUUCCAAGUCAAAAGUCACCAAUGGAGUUGGAAAGAAAUGAAAGAUGCUGGUUGAACAAAGAUGUUCCAGAGAGUGCCUAGAACGGGGAGGGAACGGAACUCAUUCAGACCUCCCUGUUAGGUCUAAAACCAACAGUGCAAACGGGAAGAGAGGGGACUUGGGGGGGAGGGGCCAUUAUCGGAGCGUGUAAGCCUUGUUUCCACGCAGACCUGGCCACAGCGGGCAGGUCACUGCUGGGUACUUGGCCAGUUGGGGAGUCUCUUCUAACUCCAGCCCUUGGCAUGCGGUCACCGGGAGCCGUGCAGUGUGGCAUGGAGAGGUAGCUCUUUACUCACAGUUGCCAAGAGCAGCUUUGUGCUUACGUGUGUUGUGGAUGCAGUUGACACACUUCCACAUGGAUGAGGCGUUCACUAUAUGGCUAAUGGACUGGUCAUCAGUUUUUAAUUUUAUGAAUCUGCCUUUCUCUCUGAGUGACUGGUUGAUGUUCAGGCUACUUUACUGUCUUUUGUUGUUAUUUGUUUUUAUGUCAGGAUACUUAAAAGUCUUCAGAAGCCACUGCUGAACUGGAAUGGGGAAAGGUUUCCCUCUCUUCUGAAGAAAAGAGCAGGAGAGAGCUUUUAUAUUACUAUUUAGCAACCUCAUUCUCCUUUUAGGACCUUAAACCACAUGGCAAGUGAACCAGUCCAAGGAAAGUUUAGCUACCGACAUCAAAUCCUGGCCUUCCAGUCAGAACCCCUAUGUUCCGUUGCACAUGUCAUUUGUCCCGACUCCCCCACAGUGUACAGAAGUGAGCCUGUUGGAGAGGCAUGAACACCAUGGCUUCUCCCCCCCAGCCAGGUGCCUUCUACAUUUUACUUGUCCUCCUUCCAUGGUGUACUGCUGACGUUGUCUUAGUCUCACGUGAGGUGCUGGUGAGUAUUACCUUUCAUCCGUGCCAUGCGCUAGGCCUUUACCCCAAUAAUUCACCUCCGAUGGAUCCCAGUUUUAAAUAAAACAAUUGACGUUAAAGCCCAUCAAAGAUCUGUCUCUGUAAACUAUUCCUUUCUCUGCAUCUUGCAAAGGUGUGCAUCUUCAGUGGUAUUUUCCACUGUUUAUUAGCCAUCACUGUAUUUUUCAAGACUUUAGGAUAAUAUGAAUUAAUAGGUGUGUUUUAUAAAGUGACAAGAAAAAAGGAAAACAUGUAGAGGGUUCACACACAGAUAUGUCUUAUUUCUUAACCUGCCCAAGUAAUCAGCAGGAAAUGAACAAGAGAAUCAUGGCUUUUCACUCUGCUAAUGGUUACAUCAGCCAAGUUGGAAUUUUUUCUCCAAGUGGCCAGUACCCAGCUUAUAGACAUAAAUUUACUGAAAGCAAUCCCUUUGUUCCUUCAUUUCACAGAGCACAAAGGUUUCCCAUGUCUUUUCCCCCUUUAAGGAAAUCUUUAACCAUAGAAGUGUCAUGUUUUUCUUUUUCUGUCAAGGAAUUCCAGGGUGAAGGGGUUAAAUGAAUCGUGCAGCCCGGGGUCACAUCCUGUGCUCCGGCCACCGCUUGGUAGAGAGCCUCACACAGACUUGCUCCAGAGCUGACGUGCAGUUCAGAGAGGCGUCAGUGGUGGCCAGGCCGAAGCUACCUGGGAAAGGUGGCUGUGGCAGGCACAGCUCUGCACUUCCCCCACUCUCCAGCUAUCCUUGCCAUCAAAGCACCAAGAGAGGCCAAGAGGUGCAUGCUUCAUAAACCCGCUUGCACUCUAUGACCCAUCUAAGACCCUUCUGUAAACAGGCACAGUGUAAAACUUUAUUUUACUUUGAAAUCAUGAUUUGUCUGGUUUAUCCUUGCACACUGCCUUCCUGAGCCCCAAGUGCUGGUGUCCUAGCACAGCCAUCGUCCACCUCCGCUCUCCUUCCGCAGGCCUAGGCCACAGUCCCGAGUGCUUCCAAGUCCGUUUUCCAGAAGAGUUGGGCGUGGCACUCGCAGACCCUUCUGAUGAAUGGCCGGUCCCACUAAGGAAGCGUGUUCCUUUCCCCAAGAGCAGCACAGAGGGAGCAGCCCUGUAGCACGCCCUGACUAUCUUUCCUGUGGGUUAUUCUAAAAACAAAGCACAUAGGAGACAGUUUUCCCUGCAUGGCUUUGUACAAAAAGCCUGGGAAGUCCUCAGAUCCUUUCCACGCUCUUUCUUUGAGUCGACUUUCUUUGUCCCCUUUCUGGAAACGCUCUUCACAGUGGCUACAAAGCCAGGGCUUUCGUGACCGGCCAGGACCACAUUGCCAUUCCUCCUAGAAACCGUGCUGCUGGAUUUGGCCUACUUCUCCCACCCCUUUCUGUGGAAAGGGACCUCACGUUGAUGGAAAUAGGGAACAGGUUUCAGAGUCGUCAUUUAAUAUGGGGAAUGAUUGAACAUCAUGUUCACCUCGCGCCAUUUGCAAACCACCCUUGAAAAGCCACCAUUGUUUCAGAAUUUAUGUGCAAGGAUGUGUUUUCUCCUUGGGUAGCACGGUAUUGUGUAUCCACUCCUUUUCCCUUACUGUCAUCCAUUGUCUUUCCAUGGCCUUUUCCCACUUUUCUUAUGUCUGUUUUCACCAUUUGUAAAAGCUUUGGCUGAACGCCCCCACAGCAAUGCUAGGACAAUCCGUUGACCCGUUAAGUAUUUUGAUGAUAAAAGACAUCCCAUAAACCCUAGCCUUAUUUUCACUAGGACUGUUUCUAUAGUGAGCUCGUGAGUCAAGUACUCACCCAGGAGAAAUAAAA